UUUGCCAGCUCUAGGACAGCAAAGCAAUUUUCGUCGUCAGUCAUCAUUUUCUUCGUAAACUUAUUAACUAAUUUGUUUUUUGUACAGAAUUUCUUUUGAUUAUUUCCAACAUUUUAGUUUUUGUAUUUUGUAAAAAGAAAGCUUUAAGCUACAAAUAAAGCAAGGAUACAAUAAAAUACUGAAAAUCGAACGCAUUUCGUACGGAAAAAAGCAAAUCGAAAAAAGAAACGUGUACAGUGAAGAGGAACGAACGACAACGACAAGUAGUACAAGAAAUCAAGUGGCAGUCCAUGCAAAAAAAUAGUACUGUUCCAAUUCGAUUUCUGAGUGUGAAGAUAUUUUAUAGUGACUGAAUUGUCUCCUAUUUUGAAAAUAGCUGCGCUUGUAAAGAAGCUAUAGCAACGACCACCAGCAAAAAAUUAAAUUCCAUAACACACCAGCAGCAGGAAACAAAAAAACCAAAUAAGAAUCAAGCUAAAACAAAAUGGUUGAUAAAUUUAUAAAUAUGUGGAAAGUACGCGAAUUGGCGGAUAAAGUCACAAAUGUUGUUAUGAAUUAUACGGAAAUCGAAGGCAAAGUACGUGAAGCGACCAAUGAUGAUCCCUGGGGCCCCACGGGCCCUCUGAUGCAGGAAUUAGCUCACGCCACAUUUUCAUACGAAACAUUUCCAGAAGUAAUGUCCAUGUUAUGGAAACGUAUGUUGCAAGACAAUAAAACCAAUUGGAGACGAACUUAUAAGAGCUUAUUACUAUUAAACUAUCUCGUGCGCAAUGGUUCAGAGCGGGUUGUAACAUCGUCACGAGAACAUAUUUACGAUUUACGUUCCUUGGAAAAUUACACUUUCACAGAUGAGGGUGGCAAAGAUCAGGGUAUUAAUGUUAGGCAUAAGGUUAGAGAACUAAUAGACUUUAUACAGGAUGAUGAUCGUUUACGCGAAGAACGUAAAAAAGCUAAAAAGAAUAAGGACAAAUACAUUGGCAUGAGUAGUGACGUUAUGGGCAUGCGUAGCGGUGGAUAUGGUGGUGGCGGUGGCUUCAGUGAUGGGGGCUGGAGAACUUCACGUUCGGAUCACGGUGAUAAUUGGUAUUCUGAUUCACGUGGUGAUCGCUAUGAAGAUGAUGAUGUCCAAUAUGAAGGUGAAAAAGAGUUUUCAGAUAGUGACUCACCUAGUCCAAGACGAAGCUAUCGUUACAAUGAUCGUGCCAGUCCUGCAGAUAUUGCUACUGAAACAAAACCACCAGGUAACAUUAGUAUGAAUAUACGUCCUGCCAAGUCAUCGUCUUCUAAUGCACCCACAACAGUGGGACCUGUUACAAAACAACCACAAAAUAAGACGACACCGGCUGUUGGUGGCACAAAGAAAAUUGACAUGGGAGCUGCUGCCAAUUUCGGCAAAACAGCCGGCAUUCAUUCGCCCACUCAUCGCGAUACGCCAGCCGAAAGCAAUAAUGACGAUUUAAUUGGUUAUUCACCCAUUAAUAAUAACAUUAGCUUGGGCAUAUCAGAUUUGGAAAGCAAUAGCACCAUCACCGCAAACAAUAAUAACUUAUCAAACCUAUUUCCAACAUGUUCGCCGAAAAGUGAAAAAACCCUUAACUGUGCUGCAGUUAUAGGUGAUGAUUUGGAUGAUUUCAAUCCCAGAGCUGCCGAGCAACAACAACACUCAGAAUUUGGUGAUUUUGCUUCAGCAUUCGGUGGUAAUGGUGCUGAACCUCCCUCAACGGCUUUAGCGACCGCAGCAUCCUCUAGUAUUGGCGGAAAUGAUGAUUUUGCUGAUUUCUCUGCAUUCCAAGGUAGUACAACUACUGCAACAACAAACACCAUACCUGGUGGCUUGGAAGGCAACCUUCUAACCACUGCAACUCCAGCCAAUGAUGCAUUUGAUCUAUUUAAUGCAACAACCACGGCGAAUUCAAAUCAUACAACCAGCAUGAGUGCUGCUACAACAGCAACAGAUCUACUAGCGGGUCUAGGAGAUCUAUCAAUACACCAAAGUAUGCCAAUGGCGGAUGAUAAUGAUGAUGGUGGUGAGGAUAAGGAUGUCGAUUGUAAUAGCAGUGAUAUCAAAUUCCCCGAAAAACUUAAACGACAACUCCAUGAUGCUAUCAAGGAAUUACAAAGCAUAGAAAAAGUCCAAUCAUCUCAGGAUGUAAACAAAAUCCAAAGAAUCAUUUUUAAUUUGUGGCAUGAAGGGGGAGGAGCAUUACCAGGAUUUGCAACUGCUGAACAAAUAUGCAAUUUGGAUAAGGAUUUAAUGCCAUGGUAUUUUAUUGCGGAAGAAGAAUACUCUGAUCUACUGCAAGCUAUUGGUGGGCUGUUCAACAAAGAUUGGCCAAAGAAUAUGGAAUCUAAAGAGCGUUGCAUAAUGAAUUUAUUUAAAAUUGAUUAUAAUUUUGAUUUCAUUUACGAGUCCUGGUCGUAUGUUAUGCAAAGACUAAACGAACUGCCCGAAUGUGUAAUGGAAAUUUUGAAAUUUAUGUUAGAAGAUGAAAACUACAUUUCUGUAUCAUUUCUGCAAGUGUGCAAAGAGAGAGCUAAACUGAUGGAAAAAUAUAAGACGACCAUACAAUUAGUGCCAGAAACUGAAGUUGAGAGGUUUAAUAUUAAAGUUAAACAAUUUUUACAGUUACUUAUUUCCAUACCCACCCGCUGUGCUAAUCAAAUGCAGGGGAAAGUCAAUGAUAUGUUUCUAAAAAAGAAUUAUUGUCAAAAGUUGUUGCAACAUCUUCUGAAAUCCAUAUGGUUUCUAAUGCACUGUGAAUCUAUAGAGGAGAAUAAUUUCGAUUUAUACUUUCUGUCCGACUUACUUUCGAGAAUAGUUGUUGAAUUUUGCAGAGAAAAUGACAACGAUUCGGUACUGUACCAAUUUAUGCAAAUCAUAGACGAAUUUUGUAAUUUUCCUCAAGGUCAAAAAAUAAUGCAUUCAACAUUUCAAAGAAUUGAAGAUAAUAUUGCCAUAUAUCGCAUUGUAUUGUGUAUGCUUAAGGGAGAUUUAGAUACAUAUAAAAUUGUUGGUUCCUGUGCAAAAGAUUCACCCAAUUGGGAAUUUUGUUUUCUACAAAAAUUGGCCAUCCAAAGAAUACCCGAAAGUAACAAUUGUCUAAUUGGCAUGGUCAAUUAUGUUAACAAACUGGAUUUUACUAUAUUAAGGAAACUAUAUGAAAAUGUACUAAAUAUAUGGUCUAAGCGGUGUAGUUUACAAAAGCUAUCACAGAGCGAACAUUUGAACUUAUCCAAACUUUUGAUGUUAUGUGGAAAAUAUUACUGCCAUUCGUCAAAAGGAUGUGGUGACAAUGAUGAGGACAUAAAACGUUUACUACAUGAAGGACUUCGUCACCAUUUGGAAUGUCCAGAUGCCAAAAUACGCCAUAUUGGCAUGAAAUGUGUAGAAAUUCUAUUUAAUUUAAUGUGUGAUCCUGAAAUUAAGGAUGAAGAUAGAUUGAAAUUCGAUUAUUCCAGCAUAAUGGGAACCGACAUGGAACCAAUUCUCAAAGAAUUUGAUGAAUUACUGGAACAAAAUCUUAACAAUAAAGUUAAUAAUGAAAUUAAAAUGGAUCAUUUGGAAAAAAUGUUACAAGGAUUUAUGAUUAAUCACACCACCAACAGUGUAAACUAUGAAAUUCAACCAACAAUAAUACCGCCAACACCACCACCAGAACCCCAGGAUUUGGAUAUGCCACCGCCAGCAAAGUCUCCAAAAAUGGACUUGGACUCCGAUGAUGAUUAUGAUGAGGAUGAUUUAAAGCCCUACGACAUGUCCAAUGAUAUACCACAAAUUAUGGAAAAAAGACCGAAAUUCCUUUUCGAUUUGUUGAAAACUCUUUCGGAAAAAUGUGAAAACUUUGAAAUUUUUGAAUCAGCAUUGUCAUCUGCCGAAUCCCUUAUACGUUCUCAACUGCCUAGAUCAGAUUCACGUUUAGCCUUGGAUUUAAUGCAAGUUUUCCUAACACUUGAUAUGCAAUACUAUUUUGAAAAUUUCGAAGAGACCAAAUUCAAAUGCUGUGUAGCCAUAUGUAGUGCUCAUCCCGCAGAAUGUGCCGAAUAUAUAUGUCGUCAAUUUCACACGGAUAACUCUCAUUACAGUGUAAGUGCACGCAUUGUAAUGCUACAAAUUGUAGCAGCUACCGCCAAAGAAUUAUCUGACAUACAAAGUGAUAGACAGGAGCAUUUAGAAACCUCCGAAGAACUUGUCUCUCGUAACAAUUCAAAUUACAUCCGGAAGUUUCAAUUUGCGAAUGAUCAGAAACAACGUUUGGCCAAUACGCAGCAGGUGAUCAAGAAACGUCUGCGAGAGAAGACUAAACGAUAUUUCUCACAGAAAACUCAAGCGCAAAGCAAACCAAAAACAAAUCGUUUCCAUGGGGUGGUGGGUACAUUUUUCUUUUGUCUAAUACGCGGCGAUCGUACCAAACAAAUGCUCUACGUCAAAUAUGACCGCCUGGCUCAUGAUAUUGAUACAAUGCUCAUGGUGAACUUUUUGCACACAUUAGCCAUUAUUGUUAUGGCGGCGCAAAACUGCCCUCUACUACCCGCUAUGACAAGAGAAAUAUUCGAUAUUUGUUCAUUUGUCAGAUUUAGUCCAGAGGCGCGUAUUCGCCAAUCGUGCCUGGAGCUAUUGGGCGUCACUCUCGUCACCACUCCUGGUUAUGUAUUGGUGGAGCAGUUUAACGAACGCCUGGUGGAUUUGAGAUAUUGGUUAGAGGAUUUUGUUAAAUCUCCCCUAGUGGGUGGUGAAACCUCCGAGGAUUGCCGGGAAAUUGCCACACAGAUCUUAAAUACAUGCUAUAAAAUUAUGAAUCCUCAAAUUGAUGAUAAUUAAUAUUCUUACAUAGUUCUAAGAUCAUGUCAUCUUGAAUAUGAAUUUUAUUCACUAUAUCAAUUAAAAUAUUUCUUCA